CUUUCGACAUUCAUCAUCAUUUUCCCCCAUUUAUUAUCUCCAUCGCAAACCCUAGGCACCCCCUUUCCCAGUUUCUCUCUCUAGGGUUUUCCUUUGCCCCUCACUCAUAAUCUGCCCACCGCCACCGGAAUCUUCACAAAAAAGCUCCGGCGGCGGCGUCGUCAUCUGAGGUAGAUGGGAACAGAGAGGAAGAGGAAGGUGAGCCUGUUCGACGUGGUGGACGACACGUCGUUAUCGAAGUUGUCCAGGGUCAACGGCGGAGCCUCGUCGGGGGUGCCUUCGACGGUAAACAAGUGGAACUCGAGACCUUAUUCGCAGAGAUAUUAUGAGAUUCUGGAGAAGAGGAAGACUCUCCCCGUGUGGCACCAGAAGGAGGAGUUUCUGCAGGCGCUUAAGGCCAAUCAGACCCUAAUUCUUGUCGGUGAAACUGGAAGUGGUAAAACCACGCAGAUUCCCCAGUUUGUUCUUGAUGCAAUUGAGAUAGAGAGUCCCGAUAAGCGCAAGAAGUUUAUGGUUGGAUGCACUCAGCCUCGAAGGGUGGCUGCUAUGUCUGUCUCGAGGAGAGUUGCUGAAGAAAUGGAUGUUACAAUAGGCGAGGAAGUAGGCUACAGUAUCCGUUUUGAGGAUUGCAGCAGUUCAAGAACUGUUUUGAAGUAUUUAACAGAUGGUAUGCUUUUGAGAGAAGCCAUGACAGAUCCACUAUUGGAGAGAUACAAAGUGAUAAUUCUUGAUGAGGCGCACGAGAGAACUUUGGCUACAGAUGUUCUAUUUGGGCUGCUGAAGGAAGUGUUGAGGAACAGGCCUGACCUUAAACUAGUUGUUAUGAGUGCCACUCUUGAAGCCGAAAAGUUUCAAGGGUACUUCAGUGAUGCUCCACUCAUGAAAGUUCCUGGAAGGCUUCAUCCUGUUGAGAUUUUCUAUACUCAGGAGCCAGAAAGGGACUACCUUGAAGCUGCAAUAAAAACCGUUUUCCAGAUUCAUCUUUGUGAACCUCCUGGUGACAUACUUGUUUUCCUCACUGGUGAAGAGGAAAUAGAAGAUGCCUGUAGAAAAUUGACCAAGGAAUUUGCUAAUGCUGGUGAUCAAGUGGGACCGGCCAAAAUAGUUCCACUGUACUCCACUCUUCCUCCAGCUAUGCAGCAGAAGAUUUUCGAGCCUGCUCCACCACCGGCAGUGGAAGGUGGCCCGCCUGGAAGGAAGAUAGUUGUUUCUACAAAUAUUGCCGAGACAUCCUUAACAAUCGAUGGCAUAGUCUAUGUCAUAGAUCCUGGUUUUGCGAAACAAAAAGUCUAUAACCCGCGAAUUCGUGUUGAGUCGCUUUUGGUGUCUCCUAUUUCGAAGGCUAGUGCUCACCAGCGGUCGGGUCGUGCUGGAAGAACUCAACCCGGAAAAUGUUUUAGGCUCUACACUGAAAAGAGUUUCAAUAACGAUCUUGUACCUCAGACAUAUCCGGAGAUAUUGCGUUCGAACCUUGCCAACACUGUAUUGACUUUGAAGAAGUUGGGGAUAGAUGAUUUGGUCCAUUUUGACUUUAUGGACCCACCUGCUCCAGAGACGCUGAUGAGAGCAUUGGAAGUCUUGAAUUACCUAGGAGCCCUUGAUGAUGAUGGGAACUUGACCAAGUUGGGCGAGGUCAUGAGUGAGCUUCCCUUAGAUCCUCAGAUGGCGAAAAUGCUGGUUGUCAGCCCGGAUUUCAAUUGUUCCAACGAAAUCCUUUCUAUAUCCGCUAUGCUUUCAGUACCCAAUUGCUUUGUCCGGCCUAGGGAAGCUCAAAAGGCUGCAGAUGAAGCUAAAGCCAGGUUUGGCCACAUUGAUGGGGAUCAUCUCACGCUAUUGAACGUGUACCAUGCUUACAAGCAAAACAAGGAAGAUCCACAGUGGUGCUAUGAGAAUUUUGUCAACCACAGGGCAUUGAAAUCUGCGGACAAUGUGAGGCAGCAGCUAGCUCGGAUUAUGGCCAGAUUCAACCUGAAGCUGUGCAGCACAGAUUUCAACAGCCGCGAUUACUAUGUGAACAUCCGCAAGGCUAUGCUGGCUGGUUACUUCAUGCAGGUUGCCCAUUUGGAGCGCACGGGCCACUAUUUGACCGUGAAAGACAACCAGAUUGUUCACCUGCAUCCUUCAAAUUGCCUUGACCACAAGCCGGAGUGGGUUAUCUACAAUGAGUAUGUCCUUACAAGCAGGAAUUUCAUCCGGACAGUGACAGAUAUUCGUGGUGAAUGGUUGGUAGACAUUGCGCCUCAUUACUAUGAUCUGACCAACUUUCCUAAUUGCGAGGCCAAGCGGCAACUAGAAAAACUGUAUAAGAAGCGGGAGAGUGCCAAAGAAGAGAGCAGGAAUAGGAGUUUAAAGCCUCACACUGCCUACUGCCGUUCCCUUUUUCUUUCUUCACCAACUUCCACCUCGCGCCGCCGCCACCGCCGCUGGUAUUUCAUCCCCUCAUCUCGACCAGUAUCCUGCGGAUAUAGCUGUUAUUCAUUUCUGAUUACGAUCCUCGCAAAACCACUGUGCCAAAAUAACGGGAUGGCUCAAGUACAUGCCAUAUCGUCAUGUUCCUCUGCCAAUCGUUUUUUCCAUGGUUCGAAAAGAGAUUCAGCUGGAAUCAGCCACAUUCUGUGUCCGAGAAAAGUAACUCCACAACAUGAGGUAGGGGUGAAAGCUAGUGAAUUUCAUGGCCCUGCUGUUGUCCAGAAAGCUGCCAACUUUUGCAUUAACCGUGGCAAUCAUGCUAUCCAAGCAGUUUUAGCUAGUGAUGAGAAGGCAUCAACCUCCAGUGGCGUGGAUGGAAAAGUUCUGCGUAAAAAGUUAAACAAAGUGGUCCUGGCCUACAGUGGAGGUUUAGAUACCUCUGUAAUUGUACCUUGGCUAAGGGAGAACUAUGGCUGCGAGGUUGUUUGCUUCACUGCAGAUGUUGGUCAAGGCUUACAAGAAUUGGAAGGUUUGGAACAAAAGGCCAAGGCCAGUGGGGCAUGUCAACUAGUUGUGAAGGAUUUGAAAGAGGAAUUUGUGAAAGAUUUUAUCUUUCCUUGCUUAAGAGCUGGUGCUAUCUAUGAGAGGAAGUACUUGCUUGGGACUUCAAUGGCUCGUCCAGUCAUUGCAAAGGCAAUGGUUGAUGUUGCCAAAGAGGUUGGAGCGGAUGCUGUUUCACAUGGUUGCACGGGGAAGGGAAAUGAUCAAGUCCGAUUUGAGCUCACAUUCUUUGCUCUAAAUCCAGAUCUCAGUGUGGUUGCUCCUUGGAGGGAAUGGGAAAUAACUGGAAGAGAAGACGCUAUUGAGUAUGCUAAAGAGCAUAAUGUGCCUGUUCCUGUGACCAAGAAAUCUAUUUAUAGUCGGGAUAGGAAUCUGUGGCAUCUCAGUCAUGAGGGGGAUAUCUUGGAGGACCCAGCAAAGGAGGCAAAGGAGGAGAUGUACAUGAUGAGCAUCGACCCAAAAGAAGCACCCGACGAACCCGAGUACUUGAAAAUCGGCAUAGUCGAGGGCAUUCCCGUCUCGAUAAACGGGAAAGAAGUCUCACCCGCAACACUACUCUCGAAGCUCAACCAAGUAGGCGGGAAGCACGGGAUAGGGCGCAUAGACAUGGUCGAAAAUCGGCUGGUGGGCGUCAAGAGCCGUGGGGUCUACGAGACUCCCGGUGGGACCAUCCUCUUUGCGGCGGCCCGUGAGCUCGAGUCUCUGACACUCGAUCGGGAGAGUAUGCAGGUGAAGGACUCUCUUGCCUUAAAGUACGCUGAGCUGGUUUACGCUGGUCGGUGGUUCGACCCGCUCCGCAAGUCGAUGGAUGCUUUCAUGAAGGAAAUCACCAAGACCACGACUGGGUCGGUAACCCUUAAGCUCUACAAAGGGUCGGUGAGUGUGACGGGCCGGGAAAGCCCGUAUAGUCUCUAUAGGGAGGAUAUUUCUUCGUUUGAGACUGGGGAGAUUUACGAUCAAGCUGAUGCCGCUGGUUUUAUCCGACUUUACGGGCUGCCUAUUAGGGUUCGAGCCAUGCUUGAGAAAGGGAUCUGAUCAAAUUUGAGUGGCCUUUUUGUUAGUUCCACAGGUUUAACUUGUUUGUUUGUCUAAUUUGAUACUUAAUUGUGUUUUUGUGCGAAUUGCUGUAGACUCUAGUGUGAUUUAUGACAGUAGUAUCUUGAAUUUAAUUGGAAAUGUUUUUUCGUAUUUGAUUUAUGAAACCAUUUACAAACACCAACUCUCACUCUCACCUAAUUACAGGGAAAACAAAAAGAACAAUUAUCUCAUAGAACAAUUAUUAUCUCACCUACUGAAAAUUGCUUCUUUCCAAGUACACAUACAUCCUCGAAGCGAUUUUGAUUUCAAUCCAUCUCGAGCGACUGUCUUCUUUUGUCGAGUCGAUUUCGAGCUCUAGUAGGUAAAAAAAAAAUCAGUUGGUCAAUGCUCGGUUCGUUUGCAGUAGCUCUACUUCAUUCAACCCAGCUCCCAGCCGUUUGUUUUCUUGAACGCCAUCUUCUCAUCAACUCAUCCAGCUGGAUCGCCCCACUUCGGACCCCAUUCUCACCAUAUAUCCUCGACAAAACCCCAUAAACUGCAGGAUGAUCGUCUUCCACUUUCCGCAACCCACUUGCCGCAAUCUCACCAAGCUCGACACAAGAAUACAAGCCACAUGCCCCGAGCAACGCACCCCAAACAACCACAUCCGGCUCAAAGGGCAUCGUUUUAAUCAAUCCCUCGGCCUUCUCUAGCCUACCCGCCUUACCGUACAAGUCCACCAUGCACGAGUAAUGUUCCAUCUCGGGUUUCACUCUGUACUUUUCUCGCAUGGAGGUGAAAAGCUCUUCUCCUUCUUUCACAAGUCCUCCGUGCACGCAAGCCGAUAGAACAUUUAUGAACGAAAUCUCGUCGGGGAAUAAACCACUUUCCACCAUCUUUUCAAACUCCUCCAAUGCCCGAGAAGCAAGUCCAUGCCGCGCGUACACCCCAAUAAUUGAGUUCCACGAGACCAAAUUUUUAGUCGGCAUGGAUUGAAAUAUGCAGAAUGCAGCAUUUACAUCCCCACAUUUACCGUACAUGUCGACAAGGGCUGUGGCGAGAAUCACAUCUAAGGGGGCUCCGAAUUUCACAAUGCACAAAUGAAUUUGCUUGCCAGUGACGAGAGACAGACAACCCGUGCAAGCAUCCAACACGCUCGAGAACGUGUAAUGAUUAGGACGCGUUUGGGACUUCAUCAUUAGAAGGAACAUAUCAAGAGCCUCGGAGAACUUCUCACAUCUCACAUACCCUCUCAUCAUUGCAGUCCAAGACACGACCUCCUUUUCACUUAGCUCGUCAAAAACUGCCCUUGCUUCACAAACCAUUUUAUUCUUCAUGUACCCGGUAAUCAUUAUGCUCCAAGAAAAAUCAUUUCUUUUAGGCAUCACAUCAAAAGCUCUCUUGGCUUCGCUCGUCAUCCCGAACUCCAUACAACCCAAGAUCAAAACAUUGAAGGCCACCACAUCUUUGACCGAGAUCUCAUCAAAAACCCUGCGAAAAGCAUCGCGAUCGUUCAAACCAACAUAUCCCCUCAUUAAGGCGGAGCCUAAGUAUAAAUUAAGGUCGAGCCCUGAACGGACCACGAGACCGUGCAGCUGAGGGACCAAAACAUCAAACUCCGUAUUCAAAUACGCGCUCAAGAGCACGGAUAGCGUGAGUUCUUCAGGCCUCACGUCAUGCCUUUUCAUCAGUAAAAAAUACUGGUGGGCCUUUUGUGGGGCCUUCUCGUCUCGAAAGCCGGAAAGCAUUGUGUUCCAAGAAACUACGUUUCUUUGGGGCAUUUGGUCGAACAGCUUCUGGGCAUGUGAAAUUUGGCGAGCUUUCACGUAGCCGUUGAUGAGGGAGUUCCAUGAGACGGCAUUUGCCGAGUGGGGAUAGUCGUCGAACAAUUUCCGGGCGGCGGUGAGGUUGCCGCUGCGCACGCACUCGUUGAUCUUAUGGUUUAAAGUGAUAGUUGGAAGGGUGUAAGAGCAAAGGGGAGAAGGGCGAAGGAGAUGAGCCACUGUUGAUGGUAGGCGCAUUUGGGAGGAGAUGAAGCGUGAUUUUACUUUGCAAUGAAGCGCUUUAUAAUUUAUCAUUGAUUUUCGACCCACCUAUGUGCUUUAUGACUCAAAAAGUAUGGUUUUUUA